AUGGCUCUUGAAUUGAUUGGUGGGAUAGCAAGUAUUGCUCAACUCGCUGGAACCAUCUACACAAUAUCAAAAACCCUUUACGAAGUGGGAGAGGCUCUAUCAAAUGCACCUUCCGAUAUCAAGGAUUUAGCAAGAGACCUCGAGACAUUUUCAGAUGAGCUUCAUUUAUUAUCCACACUGCUCCAUGGUAAAGAUGGACGUUAUGCCGAUCAAGUGUAUAGGCUUACAGCCAAAAUUAUUGGAGAUUCUGCCACGAUAUGUACAAAAAUUGAUCGGAUCAUUCGAAAAUUGAAAAGUGGUAAUAUGUGGGCUAAAGUGAAGUGGUUGUAUAAAGAGAAGGAGAUCAUGAAAUUAUUGGCAAGACUUCGCGACUUGAAGCUCAGUUUGAUGGGUACAUUGAGCGUACUGAGUGCGUUAAGGGCCGAUCAUAUGAUGGAUUCUUUGGGUAUACAAAAUUCCAGCUUGAUUGGAGGACAGAAAGGUCAUGAUCUAUCGGUAGAGACGCGCAAGCAAGUUGAAGACACGAAAAUGAAACUCGCUGGACUGACGAUUAAGGAUGAUACUCAAAGUUGCUCUACGUCAAAAACGAUGGUCCAAUCAAGCGUAUCUUCACUUUCAGGGAGCUCAAGCACAGCUUUAAGUUUAUCGGCCACUUCAGGAACAUAUAUUGGUUCUGCGGCAUCUAGAACACCUAGUACAGCCAGCUUUGCAACAUCUGCAUUCAUUUCGAUGGCCACGACACCCAGUAGAAUGCCACCACUCCUAAACUCAAAAGCACUCGAGUCUGUGGAUUCAUUCCAUAGCGCUGUGUCGUCUCAUAACGAAGACGAGGAAUCUGUGAAGAUAUGGCGAAACGAAAUGGCUCUCUCGGCUGUGAAGCAUUUCAACAUGGAAAAGAAAGAUGCUGAAGAAUGGGCAAUGCGCUUGCCAGUUCCCAGCAAAGUUCUGGCAACCACUCCUCACGCUGAAAAGUAUGGACAACUUGGAACUGCGAAUAAUAUGCAUGAGCUAGGAAAUCAUGAAAAUAGUCCAUUUUCGCAGCCUAAUAGCACGCCUAUGGACUUUCAAGGUCAACAAGACGAAGAUGAUUCUUUUUAUGGGUACUCUCCUACCAGCGUUGGAUACAGUCCUAUAGAUGGCGAUAGUCCGGAGACUGAAGCUCUUCAGGCUGAUGCUACGCUGACAUCUUCAACCGAAGAGAAGAAACGUCCUACUAUCUCACGAUUUGAGGGCGAGUCUUUGACCGUCGAUGAGUCACCGCUCAUGGACAAUCAGGAAGGACAGGAGAUGAAACCUGCGACUUCGUCUACAUUUAUUCCAACAAUACCUAUUAAGAAGGCAAGCCAUAGCCUGUUUACUCAUAAUGAUGAAAGAGUUUAUGGUGCGGCUUCUAAAAUAGAGUCAUUUCCUUCAAAACCGACAGAUCGUGGUCGAAAAGCACAGCAGCAACAGUCACAGAUUCCUCCGAGACUUUUACCUACUCAAUACCCACCUACUAUGCACAACAAUGAUGAGAUCAUCUUUCCUCGAAAUUUGCAUCACGAUGGAUCUAUAGCGUCAUUUUUAUACCCAUAUCCAGGUCCCUCUCAUCAGCCUCCUCUGCUAGAUUACCAAACUCAAAUCACGCUUCUCGAUGAUCAAAAUAAAAGGAGAUUGGCAAUGACACGACAGGAGCAACAAGCUGGCCGUCAGCAAUUACUAGGAAAGAACCGAUCAAACUUAGCAAACACGGCUUUGCAGAUGAAUAUGCAUUCGGAUGAGCACGCGCAGCAAGGUCAUCAAAGGAAACUUAUGCUUCUCGAAGAGCAGAACAAAAAGAGGUUGAUGAUGGCACGACAGGAGCGACGAGAUAAAGGCGAUUAUCAAGAGCAACUUAUGCUUCUUGAGCAGCAGAAUAGGAAAAGGUUGAUGAUGGCACAGAAGGAGCAACAAGAUCGGGGUGAUUGGCAAAGGCAAUCUAUGCUUCUUGAAGAGCAGAACAGAAAAAGAUCGACGAUGGCACAGCUGGAGCAGCAAAAUCACAAUCCUGUGCUACCACCUGCAACAAUGACCUCAGGUGAUAAUACAUUUGAUGGUACCAAAAACUUUAGUGUUGAUACAGAUUAUUUUAGACGUCGGGCUCGUCGGAGCUCAACUGCAAUGCCGUCAAGUUCAUCAUCUCUUCAAGGUGAAGCAUCACAGCUACAUUCUCAGCCAUAUCAACAGGUUCAAACGCAACGACAACAACAAAUGAGCCAGCAAUCCUCUCAUCAAAUUCAUGAAAUUAAACAAAGUCAACAAGUCCAAAUACAACGCCAAGCAUCACAACAAAGCCAUACAAGCGUCAACCAGCCUCAUAACCAGCCUACUAAUCUCAUGAGAAAAACUGAAAAAUUCAUUGCUUCAGCCGCGGAUCACACUGGGGUAAUUCCUGGACCAGCUUCAGAAGUGCCGAAUAAGAACCCAUCGAUCCAACCAAUUAAUCAAUUUUUAGAGUGUCAAAUGGCAUUGUCUCAUCGCCAAAAUGAGGCUUCCGAUCAAGGGCUAGGUGGACUCUGGUCCAGAGCCCUUACAGAAGUUAAAUCGUUUAAUCAACUCAUAUACGGUAACUUACAAAGACUUUUAGCUAGCGAAGGUUUAUUCAUUACUUCAACUACAAACUUGAACCCUCUUUUUAUUAAUCCAGAUUGGUCUGCAAAUCCUUGCAAGGAAAGAGUUGCUUCAUACUGUCAGAUAUUUCCUAGUGUAGCUGGAUCUAUUCAACGAAUACUUGAUAUACUAGGUGUGAUGGAAGAGACAAUCGGCUUUAAAAUUGGGGCCAUCGCAUGGGCAUCUCUUCUCAUUGCCGUCGAGGAUCUAUUCUCGAUUCGUACAAAGUUAUCAAUUGAUCUCCAAAUCGAAAUCAUCACCGAACUUGCAGAGAUCGCUAGCAUCAUCGCUCGAUAUACCGUCAUGGAAAAUAUAUAUGCUCAAUGGAAGGGAAUGACCCUCGAAAGAGAUUAUAAGGAAUCCCUGAUUAAUUUGUCCACUCAUAUUUUGAUAUACAUCGGGACUCUCUUUUCACUGCCUAAAGACGUCGGGGUUAAUCUGAAUAUGAAACCCUAUUUUCAUAAAGUCGUUGAAGCAGAUACAGCAUGUCGGGGAUUCACAGUGAUCUUUAGUUCUGAAAUUGGCGCCCGCGCCGUUGAUCAGAAACGCUCAAUUGGGGAUAUUUCUGAUGAUUCGGAUGAAUCAGAUGAUACUGUAAUGAAAGGUGAUAAGGAAAUUGGAAUGAAAGAUUCGCACUUGCCGGCAAAGCGUAUGAGGAUAUAG